AUGAGAACCUCCACUUUGGUGGCCGCCACCGCCGGCACGAUCAUUACCGGUCUUUUGGCCUACGCUGUCUACUUCGAUCACAAGCGCCAGACCGACCCCGAGUUCCGUCGCGCUUUGAAGCGCAACAACCGCCGCAUGGCCCGCGUUGAGAAGGAGGAAGCCGAGGCCCAGGGCGCCAUGCAGCGCGAGUCCAUCAAGGCCGCCGUGCAGCAAGCCAAGGACGAGGGCUUCCCUACGGACUUGGAGGAGAAGGAGGCCUACUUCAUGGGUCAGGUCGCUCGCGGCGAGUCCCUCUGUGCUGAAGAACCCGUUGAGGCCGCUUUGUGCUUCUACAAGGCCUUGAAGGUCUACCCCCAGCCUAAGGACCUCAUCUCCAUCUACGACAAGACGGUUCCCAAGGAGGUCCUGGAGAUCCUGGCUGAGAUGGUCGCCAUGGAUGCCGGCCUCCAGCUCGGCUCCUUCACGGCCGAGAGCUCCGGCCCGGAGAGCCACGGUGUGGAGUAA